AUGGACUCGACACACCCCACAGCCGGCUGGGAGAAGGUCGGCGACCGGUUCUAUCGCAAGAUACAGCUCUAUACGGCCGUGUUUGAUCUCGACUUGGACCUCGAUAACUUUUUUGUCGCCGGAGCCCCCUAUGGCGGCGCUGUAGCCCUUUACCGCGACGAGAGCAAAAUCCUAGCUUAUCGAACUGGGAAAUCAUCCAAGCCCAGUUUAGACAUAUACAGUUGCGCUGGGAAGCUGAUCAAGAGCAUCCCCUGGGAACACGGCACGAUCAAGGGCCUUGGCUGGUCAGAGGACGAGAAGCUUCUGGUUGUGACCAAAGAUGGCAUUGUACGGUGCUAUUAUGACCUCCAGGGCGACUUUACCCAGUUCUCCCUUGGCAGCGGCGCCGAGGACCACGGAGUGCAAUCCUGCAAGUUCUACGAAUCAGGGCUCGUGGCCUUGCUGAACAACAACACCUUGAUCUCGGUAUCCUCGUACGACGAGCCACGGCCCAAGCCCCUGGCUCAACCCCCCGAGGGAGCUGUGCAUUCAUGGACAAUCAUACCCCCGGCUUACACCCUGUCGCGCUCGGUCGAGGCAUUACUCAGUAUCCACGAGACUGUUUACAUGGCAGACGCUACAGAGGUGGAAGACCGCUUCCUAGACAAGGGGCCCUUUACCCACCUCGCAGUCUCGCCAAAUGGCAAGUUUGCUGCCUUGUACACGCAGACUGGCAAGACGCACGUCAUUACAAGUGACUUCCAGAACCGGUUGACAGAGUACGAUUCCAGGUCAAGGAUUCCUCCAAAGUACGUCCAAUGGUGUGGGAACGAUGCCGUUGUCAUUGCCUGGGAGGACGAGGUACACGUUGUUGGCCCAGGAGGCGCUACGGCCAAGUUCUUUUACGAGGGAAGGGUGCAUGUGGUCCAAGAUCAUGAUGGCGUUCGUAUUCUCACCAACGAUGUUUGUGACUUGGUUCAGAAAGUGCCGGAUGUCACCGAUGAGGUGUUCAGAUUCGGAACGGAGUCUCCUGCCUCCAUCCUGGUGGAUGCCGUCGCCCAGCUGGACGCCCAUUCGCCCAAAGCCGACGACAACAUCCAACUCAUCCGUUCCAACCUUGUCGAGGCAGUCGACACCUGCGUUAACGCCGCAGGACAAGAGUUCAGUAUCCACUGGCAGAAGCAGCUGCUCAAGGCCGCCUCGUUCGGCAAGUCUGUGCUGGACAUUUACAACAGCGACGAUUUCGUCGACAUGUGUGAGACGCUUCGAGUCCUCAACGCGGUACGGUAUUAUGAGGUUGGACUGCCUAUAUCGUAUGAUCAGUUCCAGCGCCUGACGCCCGAAGGACUUAUCAGCCGCCUGCUUAACCGCCAUGAGUACCUGCUUGCUCUUCGCAUAGCAGGGUAUCUGCGGUUGUCUUCAGACAAGAUCUACGUGCACUGGGCAUCCUCAAAAGUCCGCACAGGCUCGGAAGACGACGACACUAUCUGCCGACUUAUAGUCGACAAACUUUCCGGCAAGCCAGGCAUAUCCUUUGAAGCAAUCGCCCGCGCCGCGUACGAUGAGGGCAGAGGACGCCUGGCCACCGAGCUACUCAACCAUGAACCUCGGGCCGGCCGGCAAGUGCCACUGCUUCUCAGCAUGGAAGAGGACGAGAUGGCCCUUGACAAAGCAAUUGAGAGCGGCGACACCGACCUCGUCUACUUCGUCCUGCACACGCUGCGCCGCAAGCUUCCCCUGGCUGCCUUCUUCCGUACUAUCAAUCACAGACCAGUGGCCACGGCGCUGGUUGAGUCGGCUGCGAUCCGCGAAGACGACAGUACCCUCCUCAAAGAUCUGUACUACCAAGACGACCGUCGUCUAGACGGCGCGUCCGUGUUCAUGCGAGAGUCUCUCUCACAGCCGGGCAGCCGGACAGCUUCGGACAAGCUGGCGCUGGCGGCCAAGCUGUUGAGUGACAACAGCAAGGAGCACGCGUUUGAGCUGGCUGCGACAAAGGAGGCCGCGACACUGUUGCGAAUGCAGGAGGCCUUUGACCGUGACCUCACCGACACGUUUACGGGGCUCAGUGUCAACGAGACCAUGUUCAAGCUCAUCAGGCUGGGCUACAGCGGGCGAGCCAAGAAGAUCCAGAGCGAGUUCAAAGUGCCGGAGAAGGUGGCCUGGUGGAUCCGCCUGCGGGCGCUGGUCGCCAAGCGUGAUUGGAAUGAGCUCGAGGAUAUCUCGAAGCACCGGAAGAGCCCCAUCGGGUGGGAGCCGUUUUACAACCUCAUACUUCAGGCAGGCAACCCCCGCCUCGCCUCAGUCUUUAUUCCAAAAUGUGCCAACCUCGAGCCGGGUGCCUCCAUCACCAUGUACGAAAAGUGCGGCAUGUGUGUCAAGGCUGCAGAGGAGGCAGUCAAGAUCAAAGACCAGGAGGCGUGGCAGAAACUACUGGAGGCUGCGGGCAAGAACACCCAGGAGGGGAGGGAGAUCGAGCGGCUUGGUCAUCAGGUGUUCAAGAGAUAG